AUUGCUUUUUGUUUGUCUUAGCCCGUUGACUAAAAUCCAUUAACUGCAGAGCAUUGGGACUUUAUUUGUGACAUAUUAUCUAGUCAAUAAGCAAACUUUCAAAUGUUUUAAAGUUUGGUUGUGUUACCAAAAAAGCCUAAACAUAUUUUUUUCAGCCAGUAUUUUGGUACUAACUUAAAAAGACUGGAACAGUGAUAACGAGGCAUAUCAUUAGGUAUGGAGUGGUGGAGGGUAGCAGGCAGGCAGUAGGGCACCCGGCGCGCCACGCAUGUGGCGGAGCCCGACGCAUCUGGUGACGAAGGGGGGCGCGGGGGCUAAAAUUAGUAGCGGCGGCCACGUGCGCCCGGCGUACCCGCGCUUCGGUUCAGUCCGCGUUCAACCACCAACACGAACGCUCGUCCACCACACUCAGGCGUACACACAAACCUUUACGCUCUCGCGAACCCGAAGACCGCACCAGCGGCAGUGACAGUGUUCCCAGUGAGCUACGGUGGCCGGCGCGACGGAGGCGGUUCAAGGCAUGUUGAUGGCGGGCGCUCUGCCGGCCGAGUCCGAGGGACUUCUGGCACUCAGCGCGCUGCCCGGACAGAAGGACACCACCUGGACCAAACUCUUCGUCGGUGGCCUACCGUACCACACGACAGACAAGAGCCUACGGGAACAUUUUGCGGUCUACGGCGACAUAGAGGAAGCGGUCGUCAUCACAGACAGACAGACGAGCAAAAGCAGGGGCUAUGGAUUUGUGAUAAUGGGUGAUCGAGCGGCUGCAGAACGAGCGUGCAAGGACCCCAACCCCAUUAUAGAUGGGAGGAAAGCCAACGUCAACCUCGCCAUCUUAGGAGCUAAGCCCAGAGGGAAUUUAGCGCCAGGUUUCGGCUUGGCGGCAGCGGCGGCGGCUGGCGUGCGCGCAGGGUACCCGACAGUAUUACAGUCGCCUUACGGGUUGUCUCCUGGGUAUAUGUACAGCACGUAUCCCGGCGUGGGCACGGUUGGCGGGGUGGGCGCCGGGGUGGGCACCGGGGCGGGCGGGCUGGUGCAGUUGCCGCAGUUGCAGCACGCGGCGGCAGUAGCGGCGGCUAACCAUCUGUACGAGUAUCAAGCUGCGGCCGCGCAGGGAGCAGCGGCGUACCAGCAGCAGUACGCAGCCGCCGGGUUCGACCCGUACGCCACAGCGGCAGCAGCAGCGGCCGCGGCAGCUAGCGGGGCUGGCUACGUGUCUCCAUACUACGCGCUCCCCGGCGGAGGAGUACAGGCACCUCUCCUCCCACCACUCCCCUACCCUCCCCCUCUACAAGAGGCCAGGAUGCAAUAAAUCCCUGACACAGGGCUUCAAGGAUGCGCUAGGAAUUAUAUAUUUAACAACAUAACGAAAAUACUAAGAUCUGCCUCAGAGAUCAUCUUGAAUUAGAAAAAUAUAGAAGGAACACGACAGCUGCUAGAGUUAACAAUCCCAUGUCAUCGCGAUACGUGACAUACUGGAAAGCCAAAUGUUUAGACUAAAGAUUAGAUGAAGUCUAGAACUAGUGAAUCUAUAACGACCAAAAAUAUUAAUGAGUGACCAAAGCUGUGAGCUUUUAUCCUAGAAUAGGCUAUUUGACUGUAUUAAAAAUAUACUUUUCUUUUAUGUCAUCAGUCCUAAUAUUAUUUUUUUGGAGCGAUUUGUAAUAACGCGAGAUAAAAAUAUUGCAUUAUUUAAACAAAAUCCGUCUCAGAAAAUUAGGUUUUUAUAUGCAGCUGUCACGUGACUAAAAACGAACGUGAUUGGCUAUUUCUAUUAUGACGUCAAUUAUCCAUAAACAGACUGUGGAUCGUACCGUUCCUUAGUGUUCGCUAUUAUUUUUCAAGAUUUUAUAAGUGUUUGAUCGCUCAGGAUUACUCAGAUAACGUAGGUAUUUAAUAAUGGAAACCAAUUCCGCGAAAGCUGACAAAAGUGGACGCAAUAAUGGUUAGAAGAAGAAAUCUGGAUUGUCUUCUUCAAAGACAAUCCAGAUUUCUAUGCUGCCGAACUGAGGAAUGUGAAAACAUCAAUGUAAGUAUAUCUUGGUAACCACUGAUCUUAGAUCAUGAUCUGAAACCACUUGCGAAUAUUCAAAUCCAUCGGCAUAGAAAAAAACAGUUUCGUAGGAGAUUUUAUUGUUGUAUUAGUGCAUUGAGGCCCUGCACAACAUUUAUAGGAACUCAUUUUAAUAAUUUUCACAGAUAUGACGUGGCACAAGUUAAAUAAAACACGAGAAAAUCAAAACUUUUCGAAACACCAACAAGCUUUGUAUGAUAUUUACACGAAAUUUACGUCACUGCAUGCCAUGGCCGCCAUAUUGCUAAAAGUCGCGUUUUGGCGGCAUAUUUGAAUAUUUCAUUUUCUUUUUCGAUUUUUUAAUAAAAUAGCUGUAAUAAAGGCAGAAAAGUAUUUUUGUAGGGCUCCUUAUAAACAAAUAAAUACCCUAAGAUAGUUUUUAGAACUUUGUCAAAUAGCCUAUUAAGGGGCCUUUCGGUUCUUUAAAUAAUCUGGUACGAUUUUAAACUUAUUAACACAUAUAUAAGUAGUACGUAGUUCUUAUCUAUUGUAAUGAAAGUAGGUAUUUGCCUAUCAGUAGCUAUGUUACGAAUUUCUUGCCUCAUCUAUUCGACUUCCCAUCACACAUAUUUUCCUAUUUUUGAACUUAUAGGUUAGGUAGGUAUAUUUAAAAUAUAAAUACAGAUACCCCUUUAUAUCCGAAUAUAUAUAACUAUUUAUUACUUUCAUAUUGUUACAAUUAAGGAAUUAAAUAGCUGUUGUAUGACAAUAAAACUAUUUUGGAAUGUGUCUUCAACGGUUGGAACUUUGAACCGACUCACAUGCUAAUGUUGGAGCAAACAGUCAAAAGGUUGAAAGCACUAAAAUUUUAAUUUUUUAUUCUUAUAUGCUGAUCAUACCGUCACUUUCACAGUUCUCAGUACAACAAUAUUAAAAUAAUUUUAGAAAAUUAAAGGCAAAACAUUAAGUAAAUAAAUGUGCAAAUUCUUUUAUUUUCCAAAGUAGAAAAGUCGUAAAAUUACCUACUUACUUCCAUAUUCAAAUUUUAAUAUUUAAAUCUUCCCUACAAUGUUUUCAUAAUGAUUUAGUUUCGAAAUCAAAUAAAAAAUACCUGAAAAUGCUUCUUUAUGAAUUUCAAUUUCCGUACGAAAAAGUACUUUACUAAAAUAAGUAAUAUAUCUAAGUACUUACCUUAUCAUGCGUUGUGCAAAUCUAGGUUUUCUAAUUGUGAAAUAACAAGUCCAUGUUGCUCAAUAGGUUCUACGAAGGGCUUUAGCUUAAGAUAGGAGAGCAAAUAAAGGGCUAAUAUAGGUUUGUAAUUUUAAGCAAUGUACUUAUACCUACUGCGAAUGUAACACUUUGUAUAGGCCCUCUGUAAUAUGUAUUAUUACUGUAUGUUCUCCAAAGCGGUAUAGGGUACUUACUAGUUAGAAUAAUUCAAUUACUAGUCCAUGUAAUUUUAAUGUAAUAAACUUUAGAUGUUCACCGGUCAUAAAAUUUACCAAACUUUGUGGUUAAAUUUAAAACUACAUUUACCAUCUACCUAUAUAAAUUAUCGUAUAACGAUCUCUUCUAAUUUGACUUGAUUUAUAAAAGUAAGUAAUAGGUAACUACCUAACCAUAAUAGAAAUUUGAAAACAGUAAAGGUUGAUAUUUUAAAAUUAAUUAAAGUUCUUUGUUUACAUUUAUUAUAAACCUAUUGAGGUAAUGCAUCUACCUACUACAGAAAUACAUAAGUGGAUUGACCGGGAACUUAGUACAAGUUAGGGGCACUAGAAUAUUCAAGAAGUUAGUACGUAAGAUUAAUUAAUUCUAAUUAUUGUAAUAUGCUGUUAUUCGUAAUUUAUUUUGUUGAUAUUUGUAAAUCUACAUGUUGAUAACUAUUUAUUAUGUGGAAGAGUAAUAAAAAUUGUUAAAUAUUUAGAGGCCGAAUCUUUAUCAGUUCUGGGACACCUUGAGUUCAAAUUGCGGUUCGGCCUAAUAUAUUGAAUUAUACACAGUAAUAAUAAAUAAUAAUAACUAUAAGUAGAUUAAAUUAGAUCAUACCAAAUGUAACUUUUUCAAUCGUGUAGCCAUAAAAGUGGCCAUCUUGCCUUAAAAUAAAUAAUAUUGUACGUAUAGUUUAUAUAAUAUUAUGACAUAAAACACAUAUCAUCAGAUCAGAUAUAUAUGUAGGUAUAUAAUUAUUACCUACUAACUAGUAAUCAGUGUGGUAUGCUAACGCUACUCUCUGAUCAGUCCAUAUUAGUGCAUUUCAUUCACAGUAAUUUUAAGCACAAUUAUUAUAUUUAUAUGUAUUACAUAUUAUAUGAAUGUGAAUUCAUAAUAAAUACCUAAUAAUUGUUACGAAUAAUUUAAAAUUAUACUACAAUGUACUUAAUUUAGGAUAUUCUAAAAUGGAAAAUAAAUUUUUAAGGUAA